UGACCGACUUCUGCAGCCCGGCGGCGCUUCUUCAGCAAUUCCUUCGUCUCCUCCUCCAAUGGCGGCCGUCUCGUUCCGCCCCGCGCCCAUCCGCCACGGCAGCUCUUUCCCGGCCGCCUCGAAGCUCGGCGGCGGCGGCGUCUUCCGGAAGCCCCUCGCCGUGCCGGCCGGCGCGUCGUCUCGCUGCUGGCGCAGGCAGCUGGCGGUGGCGGCGUCCGCGGGGAGCGUCGACAAACCAAUCGCCGCCGAUAACAACGGCCCGUUGCCCGUCUCCAACGGUUCUCCCGUCGCUCGACCCAAGGUCAGGAGGCAUACGAUUUCCGUGUUUGUUGGUGAUGAAAGUGGUAUGAUAAAUCGGAUUGCGGGAGUCUUUGCGAGGCGGGGAUAUAAUAUCGAGUCCCUCGCUGUUGGUCUGAACAAGGACCGGGCCCUCUUCACCAUAGUCGUUUCGGGAACUGAAAGGGUCUUGCAGCAAGUUAUGGAGCAGCUUCAGAAGCUUGUGAAUGUGUUGAAGGUUGAAGAUUUAUCUAAGGAACCCCAGGUUGAGCGUGAAUUAAUGCUCAUAAAAGUCGGUGCCAAUCCUGAACAUCGUGCUGAGAUUAUGUAUUUGGUGGACAUCUUUAGAGCAAAGAUUGUGGAUAUUUCAGAGCACUCCGUAACAAUUGAGGUAACUGGAGAUCCAGGAAAGAUGGUGGCGGUGCAAAGAAACUUAAGCAAGUUUGGCAUCAGGGAAAUUGCAAGAACUGGAAAGAUUGCUCUUAGAAGGGAAAAAAUGGGCGCAUCUGCUCCAUUCUGGCGAUUUUCAGCUGCUUCCUAUCCAGUUGGAAGGAACCCCGUUGAUUCUGUAAUUGCGGGUGCUAGAGAUAGAACAGUUUCUGGUGAAACUGCUGCAUAUGUUGGGGGAGAUGUUUACCCAGUGGAGCCAACUGACGGUUUCAGUUUCAAUCAAGUGCUUGAUGCUCACUGGGGUGUUCUCAAUGAUGAAGAUACGAGUGGACUUCGGUCACACACUCUAUCAAUGAUUGUUAAUGAUGCUCCUGGAGUUCUGAAUAUCAUUACAGGUGUCUUUUCAAGAAGGGGAUAUAACAUUCAGAGUUUAGCUGUGGGACAUUCAGAAGUGGAAGGACUCUCUCGCAUUACAACUGUGGUUCCUGGUACUGAUGAAUCAAUCAGCAAGUUGGUACAGCAACUUUAUAAGCUGGUAGAUCUCCAUGAGGUUAAGGAUUUGACUCACAUACCAUUUGCUGAACGGGAGUUGAUGCUGAUAAAGAUUGCUGUAAAUGCUGCUGCUCGGAGAGAUGUCCUUGAUAUUGCCAGCAUUUUCAGGGCAAAGGCCGUUGAUGUGUCUGACCACACAAUUACUCUUGAGCUUACGGGAGAUCUGGAUAAGAUGGUUGCACUGCAGAGGCUGUUGGAACCAUAUGGCAUUUGUGAGGUGGCACGAACUGGCAGAAUAGCACUAGUACGUGAGUCGGGCGUUGAUUCUAAGCACCUGCGUGGAUAUGCUUUUCCAGUGUGAGUUGUGAGGCUUCUCGUGCUAAUGGGAAGUGUGAUGAGAUAAAUGUUUAUUUGCCAAUUGCCAGGGAUCCAAGAGUAGUUCCGUUAUAUCGAUGAGGAAGAAGUAACUUACAAUGAGCAAUGUAGAAUUUUUCGUGCUAUGCUACGUACCGAUGUAUGGAUGGAGUUUUGUAUUUUUGUUGAGGGAACAGAAAUUUGCAUAAUGGAAGUGUGAAAGUUCUUGUAAA